CAAUUUCCUCAAACCUCUUCCGGAGCUCUCGCUUUCUCCGUUUUCCCUCCAAUACUGAAUAAAACAACCAUCAGCAAAUUCCUUUCCUCAACCUGUUUGGAUAAGUCCCUUAUCUCUCAAAUAUCCAUUCCUUAAAUCCAGGAUUCGUUCAUUGCCAAAAUAUCUCCAUAAUCUUCCCUUUCGAUAAGCUGAAAAACAUGUCUCAAAUCUUAGCCUAAUCUCUAAUCUCUAAUCUCAAUCACCUGCACAUCAAGAUUCAUAUUUUGUGUCAAAAACUUACUUAGAUACAUGGGUUCGUUUCACUUAGUUUUUCAUUUUGCUCUUUUUUCCAUGAACUAGCUAGUAUACCUACUAACUGGGCCAUUAGCUCAACUGGUAUAAUCUCUUCUCUCUCAAACAAAAGAAGGUGAGGGGUUCAAGUUUCAGACAUUUCUGAGCGCGUGUGAGAGCAUUUAGUACCCUAGCCCCCACCCAAUUUUUUUUUUAAUUCUAAUGCUGUUGAUGGACUACUUGAAAGAAGUUGAAAGCAAAAUGAUUCAUGAUCCUUUCAUCGACAAGAUGACUAAAAGUUCGGUUUGGGUGCCCGGACCGGUCAUAGUCGGUGCCGGACCUUCGGGGCUGGCCACAGCUGCCUGUCUCAAACAAAGAGGUGUCCCAAGUUUGAUUCUUGAAAGGGAUGAUUGCAUAGCUUCUUUGUGGCAACGCAAGACUUAUGAUCGUCUUCGACUUCAUCUUCCUAAGCAAUUCUGCGAGCUUCCUCUCAUGUCUUUCCCUUCAAAAUUUCCAACUUAUCCAACCAAAGAACACUUUGUGGCCUACUUGGAGGACUACGCGCAACGGUUCGAUUUAAACCCGGUUUUUAACAAGACAGUGGUGAGUGCAGAGUUUGAUUAUAGAUAUGGAUUUUGGGUAGUUAAGACUAUAGGACCAAAAAUGGAGGAAAUGGAGUACGUGUGUCAAUGGUUAAUCGUCGCGACUGGUGAGAAUGCAGAGCAGUUUUUGCCGGAAAUUGAAGGCAGGAAUGAGUUUGAUGGGCCUAUUGUUCAUACAAGCUCAUACAAGAGUGGCGAAUCAUUUCGGGGGAAGUCUGUUUUGGUGGUUGGUUGUGGCAACUCUGGCAUGGAGGUUUGUUUGGACCUCUGCAACUAUAAUGCUCGACCAUCCCUUGUGGUUAGAGAUUCAGUGCAUGUCUUGCCUCAAGAGAUGCUGGGUAGCUCAACUUUUGGGCUUUCCAUGUGGUUGCUCAAGUGGUUUCCCAUUUGGGUGGUGGAUCAAUUUUUACUUCUAGUGUCACGACUCAUGCUCGGUGACACGGCUCAAUUCGGACUCCAUAGACCCAAGCUUGGACCCCUAGAACUCAAGAGAAUGUCCGGGAAGACACCGGUAUUGGAUAUUGGGACGCUUGCCAAGAUUAGAACUGGGGAAAUCAAGGUUUGUCAGGGAAUAAAGAGGCUAACACCUCACACGGUGGAGUUUGUAGAUGGGAAAGUAGAGAACUUUGAUGCCAUUAUCUUAGCGACAGGUUACAAAAGUAAUGUUCCAACUUGGCUGAAGGAAAGCAAUUUGUUCUCGGAGAAAGAUGGAUUGCCCCAAAAACCGUUCCCAAAUGGAUGGAAAGGCGAGUAUGGUUUAUACGCAGUGGGGUUCACCAAGCGUGGGCUACUUGGUACGUCCAUGGACGCAAUCAGGAUUGCAGAAGACAUUGAACAUCAAUGGAAAGCCGAUGCCAAACAUUUGAAGGCCUUCACUCAUACCCAUGUACCACCACCACCACUUCCACACUCAUGAAUAUCUACGCGCCAAAUUGAGGAAGUUCCUCCCGCUAUAGAGGAAAACCUUUCAAAAUGAGAAUGUAAAAUUCUAUUUUUCUCUAGUUAGGUUGGUAGGUUAAAUUUUUAGGAUUAGAAUUAGGAUAUGAUUUCAAGGUGGUGUGGUAGUAAUUGUGUAUAAUCUAAAUUUGCAUUAGAUUUGAUAUGGGCGUAUAUAUAGAUAUUUCCAUCAAUACAACAUUGUAUGCAUGUU